AUGGAUGACGUCUCGCGAGCCACUGAGGCCGACGUCUACGCGGCAAACCUGAGUUUCACCCUGCAAGAGCUACAACGCAAAGUCCGCGACCACCAAGCCAAGCUCGAUAAAGUGAGUUUCAGACGCGUUAUUCGCGCUCCCUCCACGAUGCCCUCACUGACUCUCAAAAACCACCAGAUCCGUUCCGAGCAAACAGAAGUCUCCCUAUCACCAGAAGACCAAGCCACUGUCAUAAAAACCGCUCUAACAAACAUCAACACCACAUCGGAGCCCUUCCUCCCCUUCGCCGGCUCCGUCCUGCCCGCGCUCCUCGCCCUCCGCCGCGCGCACCAAACCAUCACCGAGUCAAGGGCGUACCUGGAAUCCCACGCCUCCGAGGCAGAGCGUGAACGCAAGCAGCUCGAGUCUGACCGCACCAACCUCAAGGACCAGCAUCUCCUCACGGAUGCGCUCACGUCGAGAAUCGCAGCCCUGCGGCAGGAACUCGUGGCCAAGGCUGAGAUGAGACCCGAAGACAGCGCCCGCGAAAAGAUGGAUGAGCUGCGUGCGAAGACAAAGGCUUACGACAAAGAGAGGAAACAGCUCAUGAGGGCGUUGCUGGACUUUAUUGACAAUCAGCUUGCUCCCAUGCUAGCGGCCGAGGAGCUGGGCGGUCCUGUGGUGGGGGAUGUUAUGGAAGUUGAUCCUGAUGACUUGGCGGCCGGGUUCAACGCCCAGGGGAAGCUGAAGAAGUCCAAGGGUGUUGGGGAGGAUAAGCGGCAGAGAAGGAUAGAUGAGAUUUGGGGAGCGGCGGCCGGAAGGACCAGCGGCGGCGGCGGCGGUAGAGUGGAUGGGGAGGAGGAGAUCCAGGCGGCGGGGAGGGAGAUGCGCGAGUUGACCGAGGAGUUAUCAAAUAGGUUGGUUCAGGCAAAGGGGGAUAAUUCAGCAUCGUAUGUGGUGCUGGAACGGGAGUCGGCGGCGGCGAGGUUCUUGGUGCGGAGCAAGGUUGCGCAGUUUCACCCCAAGGAUGCCAACAGGCUGCGGCUGAUUGACUUUGGAAGAGACUUGGAAAAUUAA